CGUGCCCUGCGCGCACGCGCGGCGCUCUGUCCCGGUGCUCUCGCGGGCAUCGCGGCCCAGUCCCGACUCUAUCGGACGCUCAGGCGGUGGCGGCUGGAGGCGGCCGGGGAUCCGGUGUCGGGACGCGGCGGGGAUAGCCGGCGGCCGCCGGCGUUACUCGGGGUGGCGAUGUCGGAGCACGCGGCGGCCCCGGGGCCUGGGCCCAACGGUGGUGCCGGCGGCGUGGCGCCCGUGCGCGGCCCGCGCGGACCCAACCUCAACCCCAACCCGCUCAUCAACGUGCGCGACCGGCUCUUCCAUGCACUCUUCUUCAAGAUGGCCGUUACCUACUCGCGCCUCUUUCCGCCUGCCUUUCGCCGCCUCUUCGAGUUCUUCGUGCUGCUCAAGGCUCUGUUCGUGCUCUUUGUGCUGGCCUACAUCCAUAUGGUCUUCUCCCGUUCUCCCAUCAACUGCCUGGAGCACGUGCGUGAGCGUUGGCCCCGAGAGGGUGUAUUGCGUGUAGAGGUGCGCCACAACUCCAGCCGAGCUCCGGUGAUGCUGCAGUUCUGUGAUGGCCGAGGAGGCCUUGGCCUGGAGCUGGAGCCAGGUGGUCUGGAGCUGGAUGAGGAGGAGGAACUAACAGUGGACAUGUUCGCCAACAACUCAGUCCAGUUUGAGCUGGACAUUGAGCCCAAGGUGUUCAAGCCGCCAGCUGAGUCCCUGAAUGACAGCCACGAGUUCCCAUUCUCAGAGACACCAGCAAAAGCAUGGCCACAGGAUGAGUACAUCGUAGAGUACUCCCUGGAGUAUGGCUUCCUGCGCCUGUCGCAGGCCACACGCCAGCGCCUCAGCAUCCCUGUCAUGGUGGUCACCCUGGACCCCACAAGGGACCAGUGCUUCGGAGACCGCUUUAGCCGGCUGCUGCUUGACGAGUUUCUGGGCUACGACGACAUCCUCAUGUCCAGUGUGAAGGGCCUGGCGGAGAACGAAGAGAAUAAGGGCUUUCUCCGCAACGUGGUGUCUGGGGAGCACUACCGCUUCGUCAGCAUGUGGAUGGCGCGCACCUCCUACUUGGCGGCCUUUGUCAUCAUGGUCAUCUUUACCCUCAGCGUGUCCAUGCUGCUGCGCUACUCGCACCACCAGAUCUUCGUCUUUAUUGGUGAGUGGCGUCCGGCCUGGGGGAGGGCGGCUGCGUCCCCAGCCCCUCACGGGCCCCGCCCUGUGCCCGCAGUGGACCUGCUGCAGAUGCUGGAGAUGAACAUGGCCAUCGCCUUCCCCGCAGCACCCCUGCUGACUGUCAUCCUGGCCCUCGUCGGGAUGGAGGCCAUCAUGUCCGAGUUUUUCAACGACACCACCACGGCCUUCUACAUCAUCCUCAUCGUGUGGCUGGCCGACCAGUACGACGCCAUCUGCUGCCACACCAACACCAGCAAGCGCCACUGGCUGAGGUUCUUCUACCUGUACCACUUCGCCUUCUAUGCCUACCACUACCGCUUCAAUGGCCAGUACAGCAGCCUGGCACUCGUCACCUCCUGGCUCUUCAUCCAGCACUCCAUGAUCUACUUCUUCCACCACUAUGAGCUGCCCGCCAUCCUGCAGCAGAUCCGCAUCCAGGAGAUGCUACUGCAGACACCACAGCUGGGCGCGGGCCCGCCGUCUGCGCUGCCAGAUGAGCUCAACAACAACGCGGGCUCCAGCCCUCCACUCGGGCCCUCGGGCUCAGCCUCGGAUGCCCCGGGAGCAGCAGGCGCAGCUGGCGAGCUGGGCUGGGUGGCCGAGACAGCCGCCAUCAUUUCAGACGCCACCUUCCUGUCGGGGCUCAGCGCGUCGCUGCUGGACCGGCCGCCCGGCACCACCGACACUGCAGCCCCGCAGGACCAGGACGCACCCGCCGGCUCCUGAGCGCCAGACCCAGAGCAGCUGGGCCGGAUGGAAGGUUCUGGAAGGGCCGCGCCGGGCUGGGUGCAGUGCACAGGCGCGGCCGCCUGGUGCUCCCCAGUGCCUUCCCAGCGGCGUCCACCGCACGGACAGCGGCGCCGGACUCGGUCAGGACGCAGGCGCCCGAGCCACGCUAUUUAAUUGCAGUGUACAGAGUGUAAAUAGAAUAAACGUGCUCAGCACGAGUGUGGGGUAA